AUGCUGUGCAACAGCGGCUCAAGCAAUGCUUCUCCGGCCACACCCGCCUCCGAUGUCAAGCGGGAGGCUCGACAGCUCAAGACCUUGACGCGUUCACAGUUAGCAGAUCGCAUCGCUCAAGGCGAAACACUCGUUUUGCAUCGACGAAAGAUCUACAAACUGGAUCGAUGGCUCGCAAGGCAUCCAGGCGGUGAGCUCGCCAUUCUUCACUUUGUUGGUCGCGAUGCCACCGACGAGAUCGAAGCAUACCAUUCCGACGAAACCAUCUCACGCCUCAUGUCUCGUUUCGUCAUUGGCUAUCUUGACCAAGCAGAUUGGGAUAACUACAGGCCGCUUGUGCCACCCGUUCAACUCGGUUACCGCAAGGGAAAGCUCGACCAUCCUCAUGCUCAAGUAGCAAUGUGGCGACACAGAAACACGCCUUCGACCAGUGCCGGCAGUUCCGAUCGCGAGAGCCAAGGUUCAGAUGCCUCGUCAUCAAGUUCGGAGGAAGCGCAUGUCGAAGACCUCCUUGUCGGCACCCCACCUUUGUCGGAUCACAUCCGAAAGAUACGAGCAGAGAAGGCUUCGACAACACACAAUCGAAAGCAAGUCGCUCGUUCCACUCUUCUUGUUGAAAGACCCGAUGGCUUCCCACUACCCGUCGACCUCCUUGAGCCUCCACCCGAUCCCGAUACCAUCGAUCCGGCACGAGAGAAGGUCAUUUCGGAAGCGUAUCGGCAGUUGCAUCAGCGCGUCAAACAUGCUGGUCUCUACACGCUUCGUCCCAUCGGCUAUGCUCGUGAGAUGGCUCGAUACAUCCUCUUGGGCUCCGUCGCCUACGCUUUCUGGUUCCGCGGACAAGCACAAUUGCAACUAGAACGAUCGACACCAGCAUCGCUUUCAAACGGGUCAUCGACAUUCAACACUUCGACUGUCUCUUUUUGGCUCUCCAGUCUCUUCCUCGGUCUCUUCUGGCAUCAGCUCACCUUCUCGGCGCAUGACUCGGGUCACAGUGGCAUCACACAUUCUUGGCAGUGGGACCGCAUCAUCGGUACCACCAUUGCUGACUUCAUUGGAGGUCUCAGCAUCGGCUGGUGGUGUGAUAAUCACGACGUUCACCACCUUGUCACCAACCACCCCGAGCACGAUCCAGACAUUCAGCACAUGCCAUUCUUUGCCAUUUCGCCCCAAUUCGUCUUGGCCGGUCAGACCACCGUGAUCAACGGCGCCGAUAGCAUCGAUGCCUCGCCCUCGCCUGCUUCCUCCAGGCCUUCAGGUCUGUGGUCAUCUUAUUACCGCCGCAUACUCGAGUUCGAUGCACCCAGCCGCUUCCUUCUUCAGCAUCAGCACAAACUCUACUACAUCGUCAUGGCAUUUGGCCGCUUCAACCUCUAUGCAAAUUCGUACGGCUUUCUUGCGCUCAAGGCACGUCGCGAUCGCUGGCUGGCCCUUGAGGUGGUCGGCCUUGUCACCUUCUGGACCUGGUACGGAUACGGACUUCUCGGCUCUCUACCUUCUUGGCCCAUCCGCCUUGCCUAUCUCAUGAUCUCGCACGUCGUCACUUCGCCCUUGCACAUCCAGAUUGUGCUCUCUCACUUUGCUCAGUCGAGCGAGGAUAUGGGGCUUAGCGAAAGUUUUGCCUCUCGUCAGAUCCGUACAACUAUGGAUGUCGACUGCCCGCCUUGGCUCGACUUCCUUCAUGGUGGGCUUCACAUGCAGGUCUCGCACCAUCUCUUCCCGCGUGUACCUCGUCACAACCUCAGGGAACUUCGCGACCGCUUCGUCGUACCUUUUGCCAAGCAAUGCGGGCUUGAGUACCACGAGUACGGCUUCACAAAGGGCAAUGGUCGGGUACUGGCUACCCUUAAGAAGGUCGCAGAUCAGGUCCACAUUCUUGCAAAGGUCGCGGAGGCUUCAGCCAAGGGGGAGCUUCAGCAUUGA